AUGCAACUCGUCAACUACGCCGCAUGGAUCCCAUCCGAGAAAGCACGGUUGGAAGUCGGAACCAGCCCGUUUCCGACACACGUCGCGGCGGAUGAGAUCGUCAUCAAGAACCACGCCGUGGCGGUGAACCCGGUGGACUGGAAGAUCCAGGUGUCGGGCGGAUUCGGGCUGCGGUACCCGUACAUCCUGGGCGACGACGUGGCGGGGGAGGUGGUCGAGGUCGGCGCGGCGGUCAAGGCGGCGGGGACGUUCAAGCCGGGCGACCGCGUGAUUGCGCACGCGCUGGGCCUCGGCGCCAAUAACCCCCAAUACGGCGGGUUCCAACUGUAUCCCAAGCUGAAGAUCGUGACCGCCGCAAAGAUCCCCGACGACAUCCCGCCAUGGAACGCCGUCGUGCUGCCGCUGAGCGUCUCCACCGCCGCGGCCGGCCUCUACCUCAAGACGAAUCUGGGCCUGAAGCUCCCCAGCGUCAAGACCAGCACAUCCAGCGACAUCGACAUCGACAGCAAACCUCCGCCGACGCUGCUCCUGUGGGGCGGCUCCUCCUCGGUCGGCAGCUCCGUGAUCCAGCUGGCCGUGGCGUCGGGGUACCGGGUGAUCGCGACGGCGUCACCUUCGAACUACGGGUACGUGAAGGCUCUGGGCGCGGCGCUGGUGCUGGACUAUCACAACCCGGACAUCGAGACGCUGCUGAUCGCGGUGCUGCGCGCCGAGGGCUCCGGGCCGCUCGCCGGUGCGUACGACGCCAUCGGCAGCGAGGCGACAGUGAGUGUGAGCGCACGCAUCGUGCACGCCCUGGGUGGCGGCCGCGUCACCAGCGUCAUCUCCAUCCCGUCGCAGCCGCCGCAUGAUGUCACGACGACGCGCAUUUCGAGUGCCGCCAUCGUCACCCAGGAGGAGGGCCGCGUCGCCCGCAAGGUCUGGGGUGAGUUUGUCCCUGCUGCGUUGAGGACUGGCGUCUUGAAGCCCAGGCCCGACGAAUUAAUCGUCGGGAGAGGCCUCUAUUUCGUGCAGGCCGGCUUGGAUAAACAGAGGGAGGGCGUCAGUGCUAGGAAGGUGGUGGUGACACUUUAG